AUGUCACAAUAUCGACGAAUUAUUAUCAGUGAUUCUUCAACUGACGAUGACAAUGAUAAUGAUGAUGAAAGUGAUAAGGAUAUUGAUGAAGUACAAAGUGAUAUUUACGAAAAUGAUGAAAAUAGUGGUGCCAAUAUUCAAGACAUAAGUCGUUUAUUGGAAACGUUGAGUUUCACGAGACGAAACACGUAUGGACAUCGAGUUGAUCGUACGGAUGAUGAAGCAACAAGCGUCAGUGACGAUACUUAUCUGGAAGAUAGUUUUCUCGUUAAGGAUUAUACUUCUGAAGAGAAUUCCUCAAGUAUAUCAAACGAUGAGCAAUCCUACAGAAAGAAAGAAAGCACUUACAAUCGACAACGGCAAAAAAUUAUACGAAAGGAAUUAGAAAAGGAAAGCGCGGAAUUUUCGUCAUUUUUCAAAAGCGAUCUUUCGGAUGCAAGCAUUGAUAGCAAAAAAGUUUCAACACUAUUUGAGUUAUAUCCCGAAUUGAAAGAGAAUGUGAAUCUUAAGAGAAAUUCGUUGAAUAAUUACGGUAACAAAAUAUGCAAUGAACUUGCACUAUCUGAUGAGGAUAGUGAUGAGAAGUUUGAAAAAUACUUGAAAGAAGUCAAAACUCAAUCAUCUGUUACAAAAACGUAUAAAUCACACGAUUUAGAUGGGUUAAUCAUGUCUGAUAGCGAGUUCAACGUUGAGUGUAACUCAGAAUGCGAAUCAAGCUCAAGCGAUGAUGUACAGCUAAUUGGUGAAGUAAUUAAUAAUAUUGGGGAUGAGAAAAUUCGACAUCUCCCAAAAAACAUUAGCAAUGAGUAUGCAACAUAUUGGCAUCAUCCGCCAAUAGAAAAAAACAUAAACAAAGAUAAACAUGCCAAUAUGCUUUUGGAAUCACAAAGUGUAUCAAAUACUCAGAAAACGAGUUAUCAAGAUGAUGAUGAAAUUUUCCUUUUGGCUCUUUCACAAAAUGGUCCUGUACAUCGAGUUGCUCAAAAAUAUACCACGGCUAAAUUUCCACGAAUUCGAAAAGAAUUGACGGCGAAAUUGUUUGAUGUGUAUAGAAGACGCUGUUUCGAAAAUAAAUUAGAUCCAAAUAUGGUACUAAAUUGGAAUGCACGAUUACGACUAACAGCAGGUCGCUGUCGUUGCAAACCAAAUGGCACAGCCGAUAUCGAACUUUCCAUCAAAAUUUGUGAUACUCCAGAACGGCUACGUGAUACAUUGUUACAUGAAAUGUGCCAUGCUGCAGUUUGGGUCAUCGAUCAUAUCCAUAAGGGUAGACAUGGACCGGCAUGGAAAUACUGGGUGCAUCGAUGUCAAAAAGUGUUCCCAUCUUUGCCACUUAUCGAACGAUGUCAUAAUUAUAUAAUUGAUGCCAAAUAUUUAUAUGUUUGUGAUCGUUGUGGACAGACAAUCAAACGACAUUCAAAAUCGCUUGAUAUUGAUCGUAAAAUCUGUGGCAUUUGCCAGGGACAUUUUAUCCUAAGAUCGCGUGAUGGAAAGGAAUUCUUGAGAAGGCGAGCCAAUACAUUUGCACAGUUUGUAAAAGAAAAUUAUGGAAAAGAACGAAAACCUGGUGUGAAGCCUGCAGAAAUCAUGAAGAUUUUAUCAUUACGCUUCAAAGAACAGAAAGGAAUGGCUUCCGAAACAGGAGAAAUUAUUACUGUGGAAUAA